GUCUGGACUCACUCUCCCAUAUCUCCUCUAAGGCUAGAAUUUGCGUACUUUAUAAACAAUCAUCUACAUGUGUAUUCAGCUAAAUUUUCACCCUGAUCAUUGAGCGGAUUUUCCUAUGGCGUCACCGCAAAGUUCCAGGCAGGACGAUUUGGUCCGGCGCCACCUCUACCUGUUUGAUCUACCGAAGGAGCUCCUUGAGACGUUGACCUUGGCGUCCACAUACACAGCAGUAUCACCGACGACAGAAUAUCACCCGAAACCCAAAGCAGAUCCCUUGAAAUCGGAGGCGGCAGACCAAACAAUCAAAUCCACAUCAUGUGGACUCUGCAGCCAGACGUUCGCUAAUCUACAGGAACAACGCGAACAUGUUCGGUCGGACUAUCAUCGAUAUAAUCUCAAGCGCAAAAUCAAAGCCCAGCCUGCUAUCACGGAGGCGGAAUUCGACCGAUUAAUCGGGGAUUUGGACGAAAGCAUAUCGGGAAGCGAGUCCGAUGAGUCGGAUGCAGAAGAGCAAGAGGAGGCGGACAAGACGCGGGAUAAUUUGAGUCUGUUGUUAAAGAAACAGGCGAAGAUAUCACCCGAGAGCAGCGAGGACUCCACGAAUCAUACCGUACGGUUAGGGAAACAGCCAGUGAUAUGGUUUUCGAGCAAGAUUCUACCAGCGGACACCAAGCUCAGCGUCUAUAGAGCUGUUUUCAGCCAGGCUGAGCAAGAUGAGCCCUCACAUCUAGUCGACACCAUCCGCCGAAAGCAACUGGAGCCAAAACUUCCGCCCAAAAAACCGAAAUCCUCAGCUACCCCGUCCUCUGCCGACUCUCCCACCUAUUUCCUCUGCAUGAUCGGCGGCGGCCACUUCGCCGGCAUGGUCGUGUCCCUCCGCCCCAAGCCCAGCGGCGCCAAAACCCACACCGGCGCCCCCGACCGCCACGCAACCGUCCUCGCGCACAAGACCUUCCACCGGUACACGACGCGCCGCAAACAAGGCGGCGGGCAAUCCUCCAACGACGCCGCGAAAGGCGCAGCGCACUCUGCCGGGUCCUCGCUGCGCCGCUACAACGAAGCGGCGCUGAUCGCCGAGAUACGCGCGCUGCUGGUCGAGUGGAAGCCGAUGAUCGAUGCGGCGGAGCUGCUGUUCGUGCGCGCGGCGGGGACGGCGAAUCGCGCGACGCUGUUCGGGGAGCAUCAUGGGCAGGCGAUCCGGAGGGAUGAUCCGAGGAUACGUGGGUUUCCGUUUAGUACGCGGAGGGCGACGCAGGGGGAGUUGAUGCGGGCGUUCGUGGAGGUGACAAAAGCGAAAGUGGCGAAAGUGGAGGAGGAACCCCAUCGGGACCAGUUGGCGGGGCUCGGUGCGCCGCAACGGAAACAGUCACCGUCGAGGAAGCCGGCACCGGAGAAAAAGGUGUUGUCAGAAGAAGAGCAGAUGCAGAUGCAUCACACGACACAGAUCGCGUCAUUGAUUCGUCGUGCACGCGCGCCUGCUCUACUAUCCUAUCUCUCAUCCAAUUCUCUCGACGCGGAUUACAACCUCCACCCCGACGUCGCCAUCCCCGGCAUCCCAUCCCACCAGCGCGCUUCCCUCGCCGCACCGCUCCACCUCGCCUCCAAGCUCUCCAUCCCCGCCAUCGUAUCAGCCCUCCUCGUCAAAGGCAACUCGAACCCCACCACCCGCAACGCCGACGGCAAAACCGCCGCCCAACUCGCCAGUGAUCGCGCUACCAAAGACGCCUUUCGGAUCGCACGCGCCGAGAUCGGCGAGACGAAAUGGAACUGGGACGCCGCGGCGGUGGGCGCUCCGCUGUCGAAAGCCGAGGUGGUAGCACAGGUGGCGCGGGAGAAGGCGGAGGCAGAGGCAGAGGAAACGGAGCGGCGAAAGGUGGAGAUGGAUCGGAUUGAGCAGGAGCGGGAGGAGGAGGGGAGGCGGGAGAGGGAGAGGGAGGGGGCGCGGUGGGGGAGGGGGUCGACGGUGGCGGGGAAGGCAGUGGGGAAGAUUGCGGCGGGGAGGAAUCAGUCUGGGCAGGAGAGGAGGGAGGAGGAGAUGAGGGGAAUGGAUGCGCAGAUGAGGAUGAGGGUGGAGCGGGAGAGGAGGGCGAGGGCUGCGGAGGAAAGGAUGAGAAGGUUACAAGGGGAUUCGUGACAUAUAACUACAAUGUUCAAAGCGAAAAGACCAAGCAGAGGCUGAGUUUGGGACUAUGAUCAACGCGUCAUAUUUGGUUGGCAAAGCUCAUAUACACAGUGAUAGCUUUUGGAAGCAUUAAGAAAGGAAUAUUUGCGUCCUCGUCUCGUUCCGUAUACAGCGCUCAACUAUUAUC